GCUAAUAAUCAAGGGCAACGCCGUCGACAAGUCAUCUGGCCCAACUCCCCCCGCACCAAAGGCUUAGGACUUGUCUCUUUUCUCGUACAUGCUGUCUCUUUCUCCCCCCCGACGCGACCAUGAACCCCUUUGUGGCCGACAAGACGACGAAAUACGACACGGCCGAAGAUGUCCCAGACAGUGAGAGUGAGGACCACCUUUCCUGGCGACACAACACCUCCUCCCCGGCCGUUGUGACUGUCUCGAGAGCGUUCUACUUCACAUCUCUGCUCUUGUUUGUGAUAUUUCCCAUCCUCGCCAUUGCCAUUGUCCUCCUUCACGGGAAACUUGAGGCCGGACGCAUCGACAGCGGCUUCCUUCAAGGCUUCCCUACCGAGUUGGACCCAGUCAAGAGUGUCUUGGCCAGCGAGACAGUUCGGUUCACGGGCGGUCUUCAUUACCACCCAAACGGAACCCUGUACCGGGAGACGAUCGCCGGCGAGCCUCAAUAUGUCGGCCCGCCCUCGCCCGAUAUUGACUUGGCGUGGGACACAUUGCUAAAAGGCCAAUACAUGAAUCUCAAUGGCAACGAAGCCUCCACCAUGGUAGGGCGAACUUGGAAAGAUGACAGUGGCAACUACGAAGUAGCUCUAGAUGUGAUGCACACCCUUCAUUGUGUGAACAAAAUCAGAAAGGCCCUGGACCCGGAGUACUACCAUGAAUCAGAGAGCCCCAGGAUCCACAGGAUGCAUGUCGACCACUGCCUCGACUAUCUCAGGCAGACCGUGCAAUGUCACGCGGACCUCACGCCAAUGGUGUUCAGCUGGUCCGACGACGCCGGCAGGGUCGUGGCCGACUGGAGAGAGCCUCACACGUGCCGAAACUUCAACCGCGUCCGGAGCUGGGCCGUGGACCACUUCCGGCCGUGAGAAUCACACUCCCUUUCAAGAUUGUAUAGAAUUAGGAAUUGCAGAGAAACAAACAUGCUGGCAUCCGUUUUUGGAGUUCCUAGAAGGGCAGAAGGGAUUUCUAACUUCUCUAACCUGGCUAGUUAUAGAGGCCAAGAGACAGAAAGUUCACUAUGUAACGAGGUUGCCUUCCUAGAUAUUUCUAGUAAAAAAAAGGAGAA